AUGGCGCUGUUCGAGCAGACACGGGCGAUGGGGAAGCUGUUGCGGGGCAUCGACCGGUACAACCCCGAGAACCUGGUGACCCUGGAGCUGCUGCAGGCCAAGGAAAACACCUAUGACCUGGAGGCCAGCCUGGCCGUGUUGAAGCUGAAUCAGUUCAAGCCUGCCUUCUUCCAGACUGGGGUGACGGCGCAGGUCCUGCUCAGGGCGCUCACCAACCUCCCUUACACCAACCUCACCCUCUGCAAGUGCAUGAUUGACCAGGCCCACCAAGAGGAACGAUCUAUCCAGCAGAUCCUGUACCUGGGAGAGCUGCUGGAGACCUGCCAGUUGCAGUCCUUUUGGCAAGCGCUGGAUGAGAACAUGGAGCUGCUGGAGGGGAUCACCGGCUUUGAGGACUCCAUCAAGAAAUGUGUGGGGGAUUUGGGGGGUCCUGGGGAGUUCCAGCAGUAUAUGUUACAAGAAGCACACAUUGCCUUACUGAAGACUUAA